UCGGUCGGUCGGUGGUCGUGAUGGCACAGUCGGUAGUCCGCCCCAUCAUGAGGGACAUGUUCGACGCGUUCCAGCCCUGGGUGCUCGGCACCUACGGCGACUCGGCCAAGACCAAGACCAUAACGGCGCGCAAGUAUGCGCGCAUCCUGCGCACCCUUCAGGGUCACGAAGCCAACUCGGCUGACAACUCCAAGUUCCGCUUCUGGGUGAAGGCGAAGGGCUUCCGAGUGGGGCCCCCGCCGGGGCAGCCUCCGCCCAAGCAGCCCCGGUUUAACCCUGUCAGUCGGAUGACCAGACUGGCCGAGCCCGAGCUGUACGUGCCGACGGGAACGGAAAAGGACCAGUACAAAAAGGUGGCAGUGGUCGAGAAUUUCUUUGACAUCAUCUACAGCGUGCACGUGGACAUGGAAGGCCGCGCAGGAAAGCACGCUGGUCAGAAGCGUACUUACAGAGCAAUCACAGAGACGUACGCUUUCCUGCCUCGGGAGGCCGUCACAAAAUUCCUACUGCAAUGCACCGACUGUCAAAGGAGGCCCUCGAUGACUGACUCGGGGUCGCCGUCGCCCCCGCCAAUAAUACCGGUGGCCCCCGCGCCAGGGGCAACGCCAUCCGGCCCGGCAGGUGGCUCGGCGGGGGGUGCACCCGUGACAGCCCAUCCGAGCGUGACGUCGGCCACACCCGGGCGGUUGGAGCCUCCCUUGAUCGACUACAGCCUACCCAUCACCACCACAUACCUGAAGCACAUGAGAAGUCUCGGCCUCACGGAUGACGAGGCCCUCAACCUGGAGAAAGAGUCAUCCAUGUCGCACCCAGCAGCGAAAAGGAGGGCCAAGGAAAACCUCGGAACACCUGAGCCAGAGUCAAUGGAGGACGAUUAUCAAGGCGCUUAUAACAAAGAAGCAGAAAAAAUAAAGAAGAUGCUUUUGGCUUGGAACCAUCAGUCAGGCCGCAACGGUGAUCUCAGAUUAGACGAAGCUGAGGAGGAAGGAUGGCCUCCCUAUUUAAAGUCAAAGCUAAGAGAGGAGAGUCCACAGGAGACUGCAUCGAUGGCUGAUGAAACGUCAUCAUCGGGGAAUAAGGAGGACGAAGACGACGAAGAAGAGGAUGAUAAAUUAGAUGGGCCUUCACAAGACCCUGAGAGACUAAAAGCGUUUAAUAUGUUUGUAAGGCUUUUUGUUGACGAAAAUUUGGACCGAAUGGUGCCAAUUUCAAAACAACCUAAAGAGAAAAUUCAAGCAAUCAUAGACUCUUGCACUCGUCAGUUCCCAGAAUUUGGAGAGCGUGCUCGUAAAAGAAUUCGCACAUACCUGAAAAGUUGCCGGCGCACAAAACGAUCAAGAGACCAAAAUGGCGCCUCUUUGGAGACAGCAAGACCAACACCAGCACAUUUGACGUCAGUCCAGGCGGAGCAGAUAUUGGCGCAAGCCUGUGAAAACGAAAGUCACAAUGCCAAAAGAAUGAGACUAGGCCUGGAGCCUGUGAGCCAGCCAAUGCCCGUGUCAGCAAAUGAGAGACCUGCACCCAUUGACCACUUCGCCAAAGCCGAAACAAGUACCACUGACUCGAAAGACGCAGCCACCUCAAAAUCUUCAUUCCGACCCAGUGGAGCUCCACCAACCUUUCAAAGGCCACCAUUCCAACCUUACAGCUUGAUGUCGACAAAUGGCCCGACUGAUCUGAGUAUGAAGAGCAGCAAACCACUUCUGAACCACAAACUGAACCAGGCUGAAAUGGCAGCUGUCAGGCAGCUGAUCACGGGCUACAGAGAGUCGGCUGCAUUUUUGCUAAGGUCUGCAGAUGAACUGGAGCAGCUUUUGAUGCAGCAGCAGCCGUGAGAGAGACCAAAGAUGAGAUACUAUUAAAUCGCUACUGUUCUGUACAUAAUUAAAAUGAAAUAUAGCUCUUUUUUAAUCUUGGUGUAUCCAAUUCCUACCAUACGAAUAAAUAAAAUAUUCAAUGUUCAAAAACGACGAUCA